AUGGCAAGCCAUCUGAACAAGAAUCAGUCGCUUGGACGAAAUUUUAGCCACCUGUUUUUAGUUCGACGAAAACCCAGUUUCUGUGGAUUGUUGUCAGAGACGUUUAGAUGUUUGGGCAGAUGUCCGGGGAUUCAGUAUGAGCUAGUGACUUUGUCCUAUCCUAAGCCACCUACCCAGUGGCCACAUACUCCAGCAAACAGAUCUGUUGUUGAUUGUGAUAGUAAUUCGAUUUUGGAAGAUGAGCCCAGUGCCAAGCAAAGGAAACCCAACGAGCCUGAAAAGAUCUCAACAGAGGAGCCUAGUUCUUGCAGUGAGAAACAAAAGGAGCCUACUUUCAGCUGCCCUAUUUGUAUGUGCGAAAUUGUUUCUCCUUUCACCACACUCUGUGGUCAUAUUUUCUGUGAAGUUUGCAUCAAGACUGCCAUCAAGAAGCAGAAGAAAUUAUGCCCAACUUGCCGAAGAAAACUUACAGGGAAAAACAACAUUCACCGAGUUUUCCUUCCAUCGCUAGACUGAGGCAACAUGAAAUCAAUUAUCGGAUCAUGGAAGCUGAUGUUGUGCUGUAGUUUGUUUGAUCUGAAACCGGUUCUCAUUUGAAGUGCAUAGACAGUAAGUAUGAGCAAUAUGUUCUGUUGUAUUCCUAAUAUAGAAACUAACGCACCUUUUUUUUAAUGGGAGAAAUUGAAGUACUCGGGAAACCCAUUUUAUCAAAUUUCGA